AUGGCUAAUCCCAAGACAAAGCCAGCUGGCGUCUUGCCGGCAUCCUGGUACUCCACACCGGCCAUCUAUGAGCUGGAACGUCGCGCAAUCUUUGCCAAACACUGGCUCCUCAUCACCCACGAGCUCCGUCUUGCAGCGGCGGGCGCGUACGCGAAAUUCACCGUGGCGGGCUAUCAUUUCUUCAUCGUCCGUGACAAGCAAGGCGAGCUGAACGCCUUUCUGAAUGUCUGUCGUCACCGGGCAUUCCCGGUAGUCCUCCGGGACGAGGGCGUCGCCAACAUUCUCGCCUGCAAGUACCAUGGGUGGUCUUACGGCCUGACUGGGAAACUUGCCAAAGCACCCCGAUUCGAUACAGUGGACGGCUUUGACAAGUCGGAUUAUGGCCUCUUCCCGAUCCACCUGCGGGUCGACCGAAGAGGCUUUGUCUGGGUCACCCUCGACGCGGCGCAAGAGCCCGAAGUUAAAUGGGAAGAGUUCUUCGACUCGGUCGACACACAAGGCCGAUUACAAGCAUUCGACAUGAAGAACUAUCGCUAUGAUCACUCGUGGGACAUGGACGGCGAAUACAAUUGGAAGACCCUAAUAGACAACUACAACGAGUGCUACCAUUGCUCCGUUGCACAUCCCGGCAUAGCCAAGGUCACCAAUCUCGAAAGCUACGACGUCAAAACCACCAACGGUUUCAUCGAGCAUUAUGCCGAGAGCAAAGGUGAGCCCGCCGACGCUGCUGGGAACGUGGCGCCGACUUUCCUGUUCCCCAAUGCGUCCAUUACCAUGACGGAUCGUUAUUUCUACAUCAUGCGGGUUGUGCCCGUCAGCGAAUCGCGCGUAUCCAUGCAGUACGAAGUCUACCGACAUGCCGACUGCACCGAUCAAGACUUCGAGGACCUCGACAAGUUUUUCAAGCAAGUCGAAGCCGAGGACAAAUACCUUUGCACCAAUGCUCAGAAGAACCUCAAUGCCGGGGGGUACGUCACUGGGCCGCUGCACCCGCACCGCGAGAAGGGCGUGCUGCACUUCAAAUCCUUGAUCAAGAGGUUGCUGGUCGAGCACGGCAACCAGGAGAAAAUCUUGGGUCGAGAGAUCACGCCGGUCAACAGGUCUCCGGACAAUACUGACAUUGUAGAGGAGGAAUUGUUCUGCAAGGAUGUGUGUAGCAGAGCCGGCGAGGACUACGCUUGGUAA